ACAGAAAUAUGCGUACAUACAACAGCUCACCUGUUGUGUCGGCUGAACUGCGUUUGAGCCUGCCGCUGGCUAUUAAGGCCCACCCAUGGACGCGAUACGCUUACGCUGACUGAUCUGCACUUUUUCAAUUAUCUUCAAACACCAAAAAAAUUGACAAACAUCGCUGCCAAGGCGAAGGCGAACGCAGCUAUGGCAAUAUUUUUAAAAAUAGUCCCAGAAGCAAGUGACAACCGUGACAACAGCGCGCACAACAACAACGAUAAUACACAAAUAAAGAUAUAAGCGAAAAAAAUAAGAAAAAGCCGGCAACAACAAUGUUAGGCAAUAAGUGAAUAAUGAUGAAAGCAAGAGAACUUGAAAAGCGUUGAGGACAAAACGUAACAAAAAAGAAAAGCAAAAAACAACGCGAAAAACAAAAACAAAAUCAAAGACAGGCAAACGUCGACAUUAAUAAGAAGAAAAUAAUAAAGCAUAAUAUGAUGAUUAAAUGUGUGAACUGUAGAGAAAAAUAGCGCAGGAGCCACGGCGGCAGGGGAAUUUUAUCUAAAAAUAGCAAAGGCGCACGUUGUGAUAGUCGCGAUGGCGCGAUGCGGUUGUGACAUCAGCGACAACAGAAACAAAAACAAAAUUCACAACAACAACAAACAGUAAAAGGAAAAACACUAACAGCAAUCAGUUUAAGGCAAUUAUGUGACGUCACUGUGACGAGACAGCACCACGUCACGAAAGCAAAAUAAAAGCAAGAGGGAGUGAAUGUAACUCAUACGCCCGGGUACCAAACGCCUAUGCAUGCAUGUAUGUUUGUAUGCAUUUAGUACUGCUAUGCACAUCAUAAGCAUGCGGGGGUAAAACUUGCGCGACAUUAUGAAAAAGUGAGUGCAAUAAUAUUAACAAACAAAAAAAAAAACAAACAAAAAAAUGGAAUGAGAGAAACAAAAAGGAAGCAUAGCAAAUCUAAUUCGGCAGCUGUUCUUCAGCGCAACAGAAUCUCAAAGUGCAAAAGGUGCGCACAAGUGUGUUUGUGUGUGUGGUGCGGGAAAUUGAGAAAAUUGUCAACGAAAAUUUUCAAAAAGUUUUGCAACUAGCUCAGUCUAAAUUCGCUGUUGAGAUCACUUAGAACGAACGAACGAGCUAACGCGCGUCCACGAAUUGCGCAAAUGAGCUGUGACGAUAAGACAACAAAAAUAAUAACCCGUGUGUGGUAGUAGGGAUAGCAACAGAGAAGACAAUUGUGGAUUGUAUUGAUAUUUUUUUAUACGUUUCCCAGAAUUGAAAUUUUUUCGCACGUAUCUCAGUUUGGAUAUCGCACAAAAAAAAAAAUUAUUUAGUGUGUGCGAUGGCGUUGAAAGAAUUUUUCGUUGUAUUUUUUUGUGAAGAAGAAAUUUUAAUUAUCACUUUUUUCGCGUAGAAGAAAAUGUGAUUUAAUAUAUUGGUUCUUCAGUAAUUUGAGCAAAAAAAAAAAAAAUAAAUGCAGUUACAUAAAUGUGACAAAGAUGAGCUGUUUGGGUAAACAUACUUUGGUACAGAAUUUUGGUGGAAAGUGGAUAAAUAAGCUACAAACAUAGAUUGAUGAGCAUCUAUGCAAUUACAAAGAAAGGUGAAAUUGCUGAAAAUUUAUUUUUGCAAAAAUAAGAUUUUUCUACAGCGCAAGCAUGGCAAAUAGCAUAAAGUGUAAUUUUAGAAAAGUGUGAAAAAAAUGAAAUGAAAAUUUAAAAUACCAAAACACAAAAAAAAAAAAAUAAAAAAAUACUUUGCAUUAAAAAAUUAGGUGGCGCGAAAUAUCUAAUUUUCAACGCCACUAUUAAAUUUCGAGUUUGUGUAUGUUUUGGAAAUAAAUCAGUGCAAAGCGCAGAUCCUCAGUUGUACGCGAUAAGUGUUAGUGAGCAAACAACAACAACGGCGGCAACAGUAAUCGAAAGGUAGCGUGCUGGGAUUUCUUCUUUCAUAUUUUGUUUUAGAGGCGUGAGUGUGUGUGUGUGUUUGUGGAGCAGCGGCAGCGGCGCUAAGCAGUGGAUUUAGAUGUAAAGCACUCAAAGUGAAGUGAAGGCGAAAGUGUUAAGAAAAAAUGCAAUAAAUCAAUAACAAAAAUAACGAAAAUAAGCGAAAUAAAAAAGUAACGCAAAUAGUGAUUUGACAAAAGAAAAUAAGAAAUUAAGUCCGUAUUAUUAAGUGCACCGCAAAAUGAAAUAGAAAAAAAUUCAAUAUUCAACAAAAAAAUAUUUCUAUGGAUAUAAUCAAGCGUUUUUUCCGUUGCUCCUCUACUUCUUCACUUCACACUGCUGAAAUUCAUUUCGUACGUUUGCUUGUCGCCUAAAUGUGUCGCUCAGCUGUCUGCUCCACAACAACAACAACAAUAAUAAAAAUAAUUACAAAUACAAUCAUCCACCAAUGCGACAUUGACGUCAGCUACGUGAAAGUCGUGCAGUUUUAAGUACUCACCAACGUACAUACUUUGGAUUAAAUGAUUCUGAUCAAGAUGCAACGCUCUAAAUGACGACUACACAACUAAACGACGGAUAGCGCGGGAUGUAUCAGUUUAAUUUGUGAUAUUUGCUUUCUCUAAGUUAAAAAAUUCAACAAAUUUUGAGCUUAGUUGUAUUCAAAGCAAAAGAAACGAAAAAAGACAACCACGAAACUUUAAUUAAAUUAAAUAAAUUCUAAAUAAAAUAUACAAAUAAACUUAAAGCAAAUUUUAGAUAACUAAGUAUAGAAAACGGAAAAAAACUAAAUAAAAUAAACUAAAAUUAGCAAUAAUAAAAUAGAAUAUAAAAUUAAAAAAACUUACUUUAAACGCUAAGCAAAAACCAGCAAAGUGAUAACUAAAUGCAAAAAACAAAAAAACAAUCAACCACUAAAGCACAGUAAACAACCCACCGAGCGUAUAAAAGACAAAGAGCCACUCACUUAUUAAGCCCCACAUUCUGCCAAUUCCAUCUCCAAAUUCGCCACUGUGAGAGCAGAGUGUGUGAGCUUCGCAGAGUCACCAUGUCACAUGGGGGCGGCCAGGAAUGUUUGUGAUAUUUCCAGCUGAUGAACUCAUUUUGAUGACAUACGGUCCCGCUAUACCACGUCUAGCUUCACGACCAACACUCGACUGUCUGCGUGAACCCGAAGUGCCAAUUGAGAUACCACCAAGAUCACAACGCCCAUCAUCAUCGGCCAACGGCACCACCACUGCAACCAGCAACAGCAACGCCACAGCAGUCGCCCACAACAACAACAGCAGUAGAACUGCAACAAAAGGCGCCAACAGCCCCAGCUUCAGCGCCAACACCACCACCACCACCGCCACUGCACCAGCUUACAACUCGACACCAAAGCCCGUCAAUAGCGCGUCCGCGUCCGCGCCCACUGCUGCACCAGUCUUCACCACCGCCUUCACUUACGACCCCGCACAACCACCUCAAUCGGUUGUAUUGACGCACGCCUCGAACGCCCUACCGCCGACACCUACGCGACGCACUUCGCGCACAUCACGCACAUCACUCACCCACUCAGGCUCGGCUGUGCCCACACCAGACGCCACCACCUCGAAGCAGUCUAGUGUGCGUAGCAACAGGAGUAGCCGUAGCCGUAGCAUACAUCAACAGACACCACCGCGACAACAGCCACUGCAAUUGGCGCCGCCGCCUGCGAAUUCGCAACAACAGCAGCAACUUCUUUUACUACAACAUCAACAACAACAACAGCUGCAACAGCAACAUCUACUGCUGUUACAGCAACAGCAGCAGCAAGAGCAGCUACUCAAACAUUUGGCAUCUCAGAAGCAGCAGCAGCAACAGCUGAAGCAAAACAGUAUUUCGGCACGCGCUACUUUGCCCGGCACCGCAACAACAGCCGUCCAAAUGCAGAAUAAUGCAGCGGGCAGUUCACAAUCGCUGCAGGGCCGACAGGGUGGCCAACGACCAGCGCUUGAGCGUAGCACAGCCGUAGGUGGCUCCACACCUCAACGGGGUCUGACGCCGCAACGGGGUGCAACACCCCAGCACAGCCACGAGCUGGAUCACAUGGAUGAAUAUGCUGGCGCCACCUCCAUGGGAGGUGGCGGCCAGUUAGUUAGUGCGCGCGAUCGCAGUCCAAGCGUAUUUCUCGAACCACCCUCACCCGAUCCGACACAGAUUAUCUAUGGCCCCGGCUGGGGCCGGCCUAUGUCGCCAAUGAAUCUGCCACCAGAGCCACGACCCAAGUCGCCGACUCCAAGCAAAUCGUCACGUUUGCGUCCCAAAUUACAUUUGCCACUGGGUCGCCUUGGACGUUCUACCUCAACAGAUCAGCGUGAGUCCAACCGCUUGAAGGAAGAUCUGCAACUACUUGUGGACAAUCCAGUUUUUAAUUGCGAAAAUUUGCGUCAACGUAACUUCGAUGCGUUCUUCGAGUCGGGCGAGCCCAAGUAUAAGUUGCAGCCGAAGACGCCGAACUCGGCGCCAACUGGUUCGCUAUCGAGCGCCAGCAGUCAGUAUUCACCGCAAAUGGAUGCGCGGAGCAUGGCAAGCGGUAGUGGAGGCGGUGGUGGACUGUUUGCGCGCUCGCCGAACGAAGGAAAAGGGGCCAUGAAUGCGCGCUCACUCUCCGCCGAACAGCCUGAGAUGCCGGGUCGCGACAGACGUGCGGCGUCCGUUAGUAGUGGUGUUGUGCCCCAGAAAGAUUCUUCAAAAAAAUCUUCAAGUGGUCGAAAAAAUCGUAGAUUCUUUGGGUGGAGGGGGCCACGUAGUGGUUCCCUUGGCCCACGGGCCGGUAUGGCUUCCUAUAAUGGGGUGCUAAAGGAUUACGGACACAGCAGUUUGAAUGAGGCUUUCAAAUCCCAAAACAAUGUCAACUUUAAGUUAAUCAAAACAGUAUCUGAUUUCACCGAAACCCUUUCCCAUUUAUACGAGGAACACGCAACUGCCCUACAAACUUUAGUCUCCAAUUAUCGUAAAAAGAAUGCAGAACUUCGCAAAGAAAGACCCGACUGCCAUAUGGCAAUUUUCCAAACAUGGGAAACAUUCCUACAGGAGGUCGAAUCCGAUUCUCAGGCAUCAAACGAUGUGGCCAACGUGCUUUCACGUCAGGUGUCACGUCCAAUGCUCGAUAAAUCCUUUCAUCGUAAAGUUCAAAGUCGGAAAAUUUUCACACACAGGGAGUCUUUUGAGACUAUUAUCGCAAAGACUGAUGAGAAGCUGUCGAAGUGUCGUUUGGAUUAUAAACAAUGUUAUAAGUCGCAUCGUCAAAAUCCCACACAACUCUCACUCACCGAAUACAUUGAUGCACACAAUGCGUACGUGCAACAGUUGCAUGCCACCAAUGCCAUGCUGGAGACCCAUCAUUGUGAGACGGUGCCGCAAUUGAUGCAAGAAUUGGAAGAGAUACACAAUGAUUUAUGCAGUAUUAUCGCCGAAUCGAUACUACAGGGUGCCGAUAUAAUUGCGAACAAGGCCACAGAUCAAGCGAAGCGGUACAGCACAUUGACUAUACAAUGCAGUUCGGUGGUGCCCAUGCAGGACCUCACGAAUUUCGUACGCACUCUGCCGCUGCCAUCGCAGGCGCAAAAAGUUCCUAAGCGCAUUUUUGCGCCGCCACAACCACCGGGCGAAGCUGACGAUACGGGGGAUUUCAAUGAAAUGGUUGCAAUGAUGCGCAACGAGCUGGUCUUCGAUCGCCAUUCAACACUAGCACUGCGGCCCGCACUGGAAUCAUUAAAGCGGGAGGCGAAUGAUUUGGAAAUGCAAAUUCGUUUAUUACAGGACACGGUGGAUGGUUUGAAUCGCACGCAGCAGCGUGGCAUCGAGGGACAACUGUUCAACAAGGUCAACGAGAUGCAGGAGGAUUUGUCUUUAAAGAAGUUUGAUUUGCGCGCCAAGCAGUUACAUUUUUCUGCCAUUAAAGCACAGGUAAGUGAGCGCAUACUCAGAUUUUUAAAUGGAAAGCUGAAGAAAUAUUGCAUAUAAAUUUAAAGGCGUCAU